ACAUAAAUUCUUUGUUUAGGAAAUCUGAAGGGGAGCCCUGCUUCUGAAGAGAUGACUUGUAAUGUCCCACAGAACUCAGAAGCUUGUGCCUCUGCAGACACUGAUGGUGCCCAGGAAUGGGCGCAGGAACACGACCGACGGGGAACUUUUGUUGGAUUUCCACAGAGCUGUCCUGUUUCAGUGUUAGCUCUAGCACAAGCUGGCUUUGUUUAUACUGGAGAAGGUGACAAAGUGAAGUGCUUCAGUUGCCAUACAACUGUUGAAGGAUGGGUGCCUGGGGAUUCUGCACUUGAGAGACACAAACAGCUUGCCCCCAACUGCAAGUUUAUUACUGAAUCUGCUUAUCUGGAAAGUAACAUGGAUCGUGUUGCCCGGAGCCACGAGGAUAGAACUGAAAAUGGUACCAGCAAUUCGGCCUUCCCUUGUGCUCUGGAUGACCCUGAUGUGGAGGCAGAUUACCUUUUGAGAACUGGGCAAGUUGUGGAUAUGUCAGACAGUUUGUAUCCUAAAAACCCUGCUAUGUGGAGUGAAGAAACAAGAUUAAAGUCCUUUCACAACUGGCCCCUCAGUGACCAGUUGACACCACAGGAAUUAGCUAAUGCUGGAUUUUAUUACACGGGUGUUGGUGACCAAGUGGCGUGUUUUUGUUGUGGUGGAAAAUUGAAGAACUGGGAACCCACUGACAGAGCUUGGUCAGAACACAAGAGGCAUUUUCCCAAAUGCCUUUUUGUCCUGGGCCAGGAUGUUGGGAAUGUUUCAAGUGAAUCUAUUCCUGCGGAGCUUGGCAUAAGUGGUCUGAACAAUGCACAGCACCCAAGGAAUCCCUCUAUGGCAAAAUAUGGAAAACGUUUACAAACAUUUUUAUCAUGGAUAUAUCCUGUUGACAAGGAGCAGCUUGCAGAAGCUGGAUUCUAUAGCAUAGGUAAUGGUGAUCAUGUUGUGUGUUUCUACUGUGGUGGAGGAUUGCAAGAAUGGAAGGAAAAUGAAGACCCUUGGGAUCAACAUGCCAAAUGGUUUCCUGGGUGCAGAUUUGUGAGCACGGAAAAGGGGAUAGAGUUUAUAAAUAAUGUUCACUUAAGAGAUGGAUGUAGGGAUUCAACAACUGAAGCUGCUGAAGGGACAAUACUUCCUAAAGAUGAUCUCUUACAGAAUCCUUUGGUACAAAGUGCCAUAGCCAUGGGUUUCAGUUUGUCUGAGAUUAGGAACACCAUGGAAAAGAGAUUGCAGAUGACUGGAGAAAGUCACACAUCUGUUGAGGAUCUGGUAGCAGACUUAAGUGCUCAUAAAGAAAAUACAAGGGAAGAAGAACCAAAUGAAAUCGCAGUUGAGCAAGAUGAGCUUAUUCAGUUACAAAACCUCUACCUCAGUACUGAAGAGAAGUUAAGACGCUUGCAGGAAGAAAAGCUCUGUAAAAUCUGUAUGGCUAAGGAUGUGUCAGUUGUCUUCAUUCCCUGUGGUCACCUAGUUGCCUGUAAGGAAUGUGCUCGAUUACUUAAUGAAUGCCCUCUGUGUCGUGCAGAUAUUAUGAAAAUACAGGAAAUUUUUAUGUAUUAGUGAAAUGCACAGCACUAUGGAUGCAAAUGUUUCCUGUUGGAUUACUUUUAAAAUGUGUAACGUAAUGUAAAAAAUGCAGUUAAUUCCAGGAUGUAACCAUAUGGCAGAAUUUAGAUUUUUCUGCUGUCAAACUCUACACAUUUUAACACUUUACAAAUUAUUUUCCUUAAAGUGAAUUUUUUGUACGUAAUAGCAGUAUGUAUGAAAGGCAAAUAUGUAUAUUUUGUAACUUCAGUUCAUAGACCUGAUAUGGGAAAGCCCAAGUAAUGUAAACCUUUAUUUAUGUGAUCAUUCCUUUGCUUCACUUUGUUACAACUCUCCAUGACUGAAGAUUGUGCAAAUAGAGUUGUACAAAGAGCCUGUCCCUAUAUAAAAUUUGUAAAAAGUUAAUUCAAAAUAUAAUUGUAUACAUGUAUAUUAUGCCUGAAAUUUUAGCUUUUAAAAAAUUAUGUAGUGUUGAAAAUAGUCUUCUGUAACUUUGGUUGUGACAUAAUUCAGACAAUACACAUAAAGCUGCUGCUGUAACAUUAUGGUUACUUCUGCUACUUUGUACAUUUGCAUGUUUUAAUUUAAUUCCUGUCUCCCUAUCUAUUUUUCUGGUUCAGAUGUAUAAAUUGUCUUCAGUAAACUGGUUUUACCCAUCUGUUUUUCAUUAGGAUCCAUCUUUAUGUAAAAUGUACAUUAAUUUUAUUAAUUAAAAGAGAAGUCAAGAGAAAUGAAGAUUUUAUGUACCCUGUGCCCUGCAUGAGAGUAGGCUCAUUUUAAAUUUGCCCCUACACAAAAAGAUGUUCAGUUUGACAUUUUUCUUGGGUUUUUUUUGGUUUUUUGUUUAACACAGCAUCAUCCUACCCGAUUUAUCUGCUAAUACUUUGCACUGCUUCAUAUUUUAUAUUUUCAUAGGAGAAGAUUAAACUUUAUCUCCUAGAAAAUGCUUUUUUUAAAAAGCAGUGUUAGAAAUCUCAAUAGCAGUGUUGGAAAUCUUUCAUUUUUGUUCAUGUCAGUUUGCUGCAUUUAAAUUUAAAAGUUAAUAACUAUUCUAAUAAGAGCCACCUUAAAAUACGUUAACGAUUUUUAACUGAACUAAUCCUCCAUUUCUGAUUUUGAAAUGGAGGUAGCUUUGUAUUUAACAUUUGUAUUUAUGUUCACUGCUUAAUUAUGUCACUUCCUUAUUUUGUGGAACUACUGAUAUGUUCUGUGUAUCUAUUUUUGAGUUCUACAUGCUAAGGUUUAGAAUAUAGAAUAUACAGAACAUAGUUUUUCAUGUUAUAGAAGUUUUGAAUAUAUAGAAAUGUAUUAUCUACUUUCUCUAUUUUUUUAAAUCUGUGUUCUGUAAUGGCAUGAAUAUUUAAAAUAAAGUGCAACCCAGAUGUUCCUUGAUCAGUGUAUUUGAUUCUCACAUUAAAAAAAAUAACAGAAGCCUGCUUUCUGUUGAUUUUUUUGGUAAUUAAACUUAUUAAUUUAACCUGAGUGUUAUUAAGGAUAAUGAAUAUAUUUUAA